AUGCAAGGUGUCAGCAUCUACAUCUAUACUUGUUCACGCUUUACCACCAUAAGCUACAACCCUUCAUAUUUAUCAUCAAAUCAUAUUGUGUAUGAAAUUCAUCUUAAUUACUGAUCCAACAACAAUAAUAUUAGCUAGUGUUACAAAAUGAGUCAACAACAGCCUGAAAGACGUCAAGAAGGCCAAAAUGCUGAGCCAAUAAAGUACGGAGACGUAUUCCCAGUAGUUGGGGAGCUAGCUUCAAAAACAGUAGCACCAAGAGAUGCGGCCAUGAUGCAGACAGCUGAGAAUGCAGUGUUUGGGCAGACUCAAAAGGGUGGUCCAGCUGCCACCAUGCAGUCAGCCGCUACUGCUAAUGAGAGGGCUGGUUUUGUUGGCCAUCUUGAUGCUUCAGAUGUGGCCAAACAACAGGGUGUUAUUGUUGCUGAGACUGAAGUUCCCGGUGCUUGUAUCAUCACUGAGUCUGUUGGUGAACAGGUGGUAGGGCAAACUAUACAACCAAAGCCGGUGGUGCAAGGUGAGCAAGAGAGUAUAACACAAGGAGGAACCACUGGAAUAGGUGGAAGUGGAGCAACAGGUAAGGUAACCAUAGGCGAGGCGCUAGAAGCCGUGGCUGUUUUAGCAGGAGACAAAGCGGUGGAGCAAAGCGACGCAGCGGCAAUCCAGGCAGCAGAAGUGAGGGCCACAGGUAAUACUGGUAUUGUCCCUGGUGGUGUUGCUUCUGCUGCUCAGUCCGCUGCUUCAAUGAAUGCUCAGACCACUCCUGAUCAGGAUAAAAUCAAGCUGGGCGAUGUCUUGACGAAUGCAACAAUAAAAUUACCAGCGGACAAGGAAGCAACAAGGCAAGACGCUGAAGGAGUGGUGAGUGCAGAGCUGAGGAACAACCCGAAUGUAGCCACGCGGCCUGGUGGUGUGGCAGCCUCGGUGGUUGCUGCUGCCAGGCUUAAUGAGGGAAAGCAAUGCUGAGCCUACUGGAAAUGGAAGGGAUAAUAGUCUUUUUCUCAUGUUUUGUGCAUUAGUUUUUCCUUGCAAUGUCAAGACUUAUGAAAUAGUUUGGUAAAAAAAAACACAUCUUGAAUCUUG